AUUCUCGACUGCUUUAGUCGGAAAAUAGUGUUCGGCAGAGUUCGAAUAUCGUCUUUUUUAGAACGUACUGCAGUGCGCUUGAAGGUUGCGGAUAUUAUUACGGUGAUUCGGUCAUACGCCGCACUUUGUAACAGCGCUAAGUUAAAAUUGGAUUGUGUAAUUUCCAUUACAGUGUUUUAAAUUAUUCCCAAAUUUUUGUGAAUUUUAUUCAUCGAUUUCAAAAUGUUCAGUGGAAUCGCAGACAAGAAUCUCGGUGCAUUCCGAAGCAUCGGUGAAAAGACUGCUUCGCUCUUCGAAAAAAAGAAGAAAGAUGUGGAACAGAUCGCCCAAGAGAAGGCAGCAGAAGCAGCUCACGUCGUAGAAGAACAGGUGAAGAAGACUGGAGAACUUGUGAGCGGCGCGGAGAAAAACGCUGCUGAAGCUGCCGAUACUGCUGCGAAUGUGAGGAAUUCUGCUAUCGACGCUCUCGAUAAGGAGUUGGGGAAGGUGGCGCUAGCUGCUGGCGAGGCGAAGGACGCUGCUAGCAAGGCUGUAGCUGAUGGAAAGAAGGUUGUCGACACUACCAAAGACACUAUUGCUACAACUGUUGAUAGCACAAAGAAAGCUGCGGAGUCCGCGUACAACAGCACAAAAGAUACAGUCGCAAGUUCAGUUCAGUCCGCUGUAGAUACAACACAAAAAACAGCUCAAUCAGCUUUAGAUACAGGAAAGUCUUAUGCAGCUAGUGCUAAAGAUACAGUCGCAAGUUCAGUUCAGUCCGCUGUAGAUACAACACAAAAAACAGCUCAGUCAGCUUUAGAUACAGGAAAGUCUUAUGCUGCUAGUGCUAAAGAUACAGUCGCAAGUUCAGUUCAGUCCGCUGUAGAUACAACACAAAAAACAGCUCAGUCAGCUUUAGAUACAGGAAAGUCUUAUGCAGCUAGUGCUAAAGAUACAGUCGCAAGUUCAGUUCAGUCCGCUGUAGAUACAACACAAAAAACAGCUCAGUCAGCUUUAGAAACAGGAAAGUCUUACGCUGCUAGUGCUAAAGAUACAGUCGCAAGUUCAGUUCAGUCCGCUGUAGAUACAACACAAAAAACAGCUCAGUCAGCUUUAGAAACAGGAAAGUCUUACGCUGCUAGUGCUAAAGAUACAGUUGCAAGUUCAGUUCAGUCGGCUGUAGAUACAACACAAAAAACUGCCCAAUCAGCUUUAGAUACUGGAAAGUCUUAUGCUGCUAGUGCUAAAGAUACAGUCGCAAGUUCAGUUCAGUCCGCUGUAGAUACAACACAAAAAACAGCUCAGUCAGCUUUAGAUACAGGAAAGUCUUAUGCAGCUAGUGCUAAAGAUACAGUCGCUAGCUCAGUUCAGUCCGCUGUAGAUACAACACAAAAAACAGCUCAGUCAGCUUUAGAAACAGGAAAGUCUUACGCUGCUAGUGCUAAAGAUACAGUCGCAAGUUCAGUACAGUCCGCUGUAGAUACAACACAAAAAACAGCUCAGUCAGCUUUAGAAACAGGGAAGUCUUAUGCAGCUAGUGCUAAAGAUACAGUCGCUAGCUCAGUUCAGUCCGCUGUAGAUACAACACAAAAAACAGCUCAGUCAGCUUUAGAUACAGGAAAGUCUUAUGCAGCUAGUGCUAAAGAUACAGUCGCUAGCUCAGUUCAGUCCGCUGUAGAUACAACACAAAAAACAGCUCAGUCAGCUUUAGAAACAGGAAAGUCUUACGCUGCUAGUGCUAAAGAUACAGUCGCAAGUUCAGUACAGUCCGCUGUAGAUACAACACAAAAAACAGCUCAGUCAGCUUUAGAAACAGGGAAGUCUUAUGCAGCUAGUGCUAAAGAUACAGUAGCAAGUUCAGUUCAGUCCGCUGUAGAUACAACACAAAAAACAGCUCAGUCAGCUUUAGAAACAGGAAAGUCUUACGCUGCUAGUGCUAAAGAUACAGUUGCAAGUUCAGUUCAGUCGGCUGUAGAUACAACACAAAAAACUGCCCAAUCAGUUGCAGACACUAGUAAGAAUUAUGUUACUAGUGCACAAGAUUCAGCGCAAAAUACAUUUCAAUCUGUUCUGGAUUAUUCAAAGAGCUAUGCUUCCACCGCUUUAGAUCUCGGAAAAUCAUACUACGAUUACACUAAAGAUUCAGUAUCAAGUACGGUAGAUAGUACAAAGAAAGCUGCACAAAAUACGGUUGAAACUGGAAAGACAUAUGUUGAUUCAGCCAAAGAUACCGUAGCUAGCACUGUUCAUACGACCGUAGAUAGCACUAAAAACUUAGCUGCAUCAGCAUUAGAUAAGGGUUCCUCAUUGAUCGGUGGUGUCAAAGAUACUGUAGCAAGCACUGUCAAUGCAACCGUAGACACAACCAAAAACGUAGCUUCUUCAGCUGUAGACAAAGGUUCAUCUGUCGUUGGAAGUAUUAAAGGUGUAUCAUUAUUAGAAACUGCCAAAGACGCUCUGGCAAAUUCUGUUAGCACAACUAUAGAUACCACUAAGAACGUAGCAUCCACUGCCGUUGAUAAAGGCUCCUCGCUAGUAAAUGCAGCGAAAGAAUCUGUUGCGACUUCUGUAGAAACAGCUAAGAAUGUAGCGGCAUCGACCUUUGACAAAGGUAUAUCAAUAGCUGGCAGCGCUAAAGACACAGUAGUCAGCACAGUCCAAUCCACAGUAGAUACAACAAAAAAUGUCGCAUCCGAAGUUGCUGACAAGAGCGUAUCAAUAGUCGAUUCAGCGAAAGACACAUUAGCGAGCACAAUAGAUACGACCAAAAAUGUAGCGAGCUCAGUUGUUGAUAAAGGUAUCUCAUUAGUCGGCGCUGCUAAAGAUACGGUCUCAAACACUAUCCAUUCUACUAUAGACACGUCAAAGUCUGUUGCAUCAUCAGCAACCGAUAAAGGGUCGUCUUUAUUAGGAGCUGCUAAAGAUACAGUCGCGAGCACAAUAGACACUACAAAGAAUGUGGCUUCAUCAGCCAUUGGUAGAGGUCUCACACUCGCUGGCGUUGCUAAAGAUACAGUAAAAACUUCGGUGGAGGAAGCGAGCGGGGAGGCUGAUAAGGCAAAAAAUAUUCUUGAUAACACAGAAGAUACGAUCAACACCACUGUGGACACAACUAAGAAAGCUGCUGAAGAGGCUAAGGAGAAGGCUAGACUUGCCGCCGAAGCAGCGAAAGAAGAAGCUAAGAGAGCAGCCAAUGCUGCUAUCGAAGAAUCGAAGAAGGCAGCGGAGAAAGCGGCAGCGGACGCGUCCAAUGCUGUGAACAGCACAGUUGACAAUACUCUGAAGCGUGUCGAGAACGCAGCCGAUCAAGGUUUGAAGAACGCCAGCCAAGUCGUAGACGCUAAGAUCAAGGACGCCGACAAAUACUUGAACGAUAAACGCGAAUCGCUGGUAUCAAACUUAUCUCAUGCUGCCCACGAUGGGGCAGAGGGUGCUGCGGGCCUUCUCAGUAAGGGACUGGCCGCCUUCCCCAAGUAAAUCAUCCAAUCCACCACUGACCCCGCUACCAUCACCUGGGAAACUUGAUAACAUAUUGUAUAUAAUAUAAACAUGAUAAUAAAAUACAAAUAUAUUAUAUAGUAUUUUAUAAUAGAUAUUAAUCAAAAUAAAUACAAAUUACCGAUUUAAAGUUUCCCAACCCUAUUUGUUGAUAUUCAGCGGUGUAUUUUUAUCGAAUGCUAUAAAUUGUUUUGUUAGAUUAAACAUUCACUAGCACUUUUUAUUCGUCAAAUUAUUUAAAAUACGUACGUAUGAAUAUUUUGUUUUUGAUUAUAAUUCAUAUAACAACAAUUUCAAAAUAAUGUCAAAUCUGACACUCGUGUCAAAUGUAGUUUCGUAAUUUGCGUCAUUAUUUUCUAAGAGCACUUAUACGUUUUAAAAAUAUAUUUAAUUUAAGUCACAAUUUUACUGUUCAUUUAUAUUGUAAAUAGUGUAAGUUAUUAUAGAUAUAUAGAUUUUAUUUUGCAUUUGGUGUGCAUUUUAAUGUGACAAAACUCGCUUCGCGUUUACCGUCCAUGUUGCCUUUAUAGGAACAAGGUUGCUGUAGUACAGCAACGGAAUUAAUCGGUCUAUAUACUAACUAGAUACAUUACAUAAACUUUUCAGAAUUUAAUAAAUAAAAGUAUAGAGUCAGAAAAAUUAUGAACAUGCCUUAUAUACUACGAUAUAUUUUUAUAGUAUAUAUAUAUAUCAAUGUGUUCAGAGCAGCAAAAUAUUUUUUAUGCACAGGUUUGUAAAUGUUAUCUUGCUGUUGCUUAUUAGACUUAUAAUUAAUAAUUUUGCGUCUAAAUAUCUUGUAAUAUGUUAACUAUCUACAGUUAUCGUAUCUGUUAUUUAGCUCUGUUAUUGUUAUAUACAAUAUAAAUGUUCGUAUUUUUUUUUGUUAAGAUUUUUCUGAAUAUUGUAUUUUUCGUCAUCUCCGUGUUAUUUAAUAAAUGCAUUACCAUCC